GGGGACGGGGGUUACUGCGGACGUGGCCACGGGACGCUAACCGCGGCAAGCUUCCGCCUCCGUGAAAGCGUUUUGCGAAUCUCCUAGACAACCCCCUCCCCCCCCGGGGCGAGAUCUCGCCUCCCGAAGAAACCGGUGGAGCGGAGAGGUCACCGUCCCGCGGGUCGGAGGGCCCGGAUCCGUAAUCUCGGCCGCCGGCCCGCCGGGCGACCUCGGCUACGUGGUUCUCUGGGCCCCGGUUCCCUCGGCUGUCGAGACGGGGACCCUUCUCGCGAGGUACGAGGGACUGUGUCGGACCCGGUCAGUUGAUUUCGUAUAGGAGCCAGCGCCGGCGCCCGAGCCCGCCUCCGCCGAAGAUGACCCCGGGGCCGCCCGCCGCCCUGGCCCUCCUGGCGGCCUGCCUCCUCUGCUGCGCCGCCCGGCGCCGAGAGCCGCCGACGUGGUUCGAGGGCGUCUUCCCGUCCUCCGCCUGCCCCGUCGCCGCCGCCACCCUCUACGGCGUCAUGUUCGACGCGGGGAGCACCGGGACCCGCAUCCACGUCUACACCUUCGUGCGCAGACGCCCCGAGCAGCCUCCGGAGCUGGAAGGGGAGAUCUUCGACUCGGUGAAGCCCGGCCUCUCCGCCUUCGCCGAUCGGCCGAAGCAGGGAGCCGAGACGGUGAGAGAGCUCCUGGAGGUGGCCAAGGAGUCCGUCCCCGCCGGUUCCUGGAAGCGGACCCCGGUGGUUUUGAAAGCCACGGCCGGACUCCGGCUCCUGCCCGACCACAAAGCCCGGGCUCUGCUCUCGGAGGUCCGGGAGGUCUUGGAGAAGUCGCCUUUCCUGGUUCCGGAGGACGGCGUGAGCAUCAUGGACGGCUCGUACGAAGGAAUUUUAGCCUGGGUCACCGUGAAUUUUCUGACAGGUCAGCUGCGCGGCCAGAACCCGCAGACGGUCGGGACCCUGGACCUGGGAGGCGCCUCGACCCAGAUCACGUUCCGGCCCCGGCUGCAGGGAACUCUGGACCAGACCCCCAGCGAUCACCUCACGUCCUUCGAGAUGUUCAACAGCACCUACGAGCUGUACACCCACAGUUACCUGGGAUUUGGACUGAAGGCCGCCCGGCUGGCGAUCCUGGGAGCCCUGGACGCGGAAGGGGCGUCCGGCCGGACCUUCCGGAGCUCCUGCCUCCCGCGGCGGCUGGAGGCCGAGUGGCACUUCGCGGGCGUCAGGUACCGGUACGGCGGCAGCCCGGAAGGGGCGACGGGCUUCGAGGCCUGCUACGCCGAGGCGGCGCGGGUGGUCCGCGGGAAGCUGCACCGGCCGGCCGAGAUCCGCCGCGGCGGCGCCUUCUACGCCUUCUCCUACUACUACGACCGCGCCGUGGACGCGCGCCUCAUCGACGAGGACAAGGGCGGAACGCUCCAAGUGCGGGACUUCGAAAGGAAAGCUCGCGAAGCGUGCGAGCGCUCGGGACCCCCGCGGUCCGGCAGCCCCUUCCUCUGCAUGGACCUGAGCUACAUCGCCGCCCUGCUGAAGGAGGGCUUCGGCUUCGAAGACACGACGGUCCUGCAGUUAACCAAGAAGGUGAACGACGUCGAGACGGGCUGGGCGUUGGGCGCCACCUUCCACCUGCUGCAGUCUCUGGGUCUCUCCCGCUGAGCCCCGGGGGGACGCGGGACCGCCCGCGAGCGACGAGGCCGGCCACGGACCGCGCCCCUCCUUUCAACGUCAGAUAUUAAAUUCCUCAUUUCGGCCAAAACGAAGGGGGGGGGGAAGAGACUCGCCUCGGCCGAGGUUGCGUCGCCGGGCUCCGGACCCGUCCCGGCGCUCAACGGGUAGCAUUAAAAAUGAAGAGAGCGA